GUUCUAGCAAUCCAGCAGAAUCAAAAAGCAGAAAAUGAGUGCCACAGACUUUAUCAACCUGAUCAACUCCGUCACCACCAGCGGUCAACUGGACAACCUUGAUGACCAGCAACGCGCCGAGAUAUCCAAGGCGUGCAAUAAACUCCAAGAACAAUGUGAAUCACCACAGGAAAAAACACUCAAAAUUUUACUCUCCGGCCACCAAGCCAUGGUCCUUCGCGUGGCCAUUGACCUCAAGCUCUUCGACGCGGUCAUACAUCGCUCAACCGAGAAAGAAUCCCGCACGGUGACCGUGGCCCAGAUAGCGGCCGACACCAAGGCCGACCCAGCCCUCAUCAGCCGAAUCAUGCGCUUCCUAUCCACCAUGACCAUCGUCACCCAACACACCAGCACCACCUUCACUCCAACCCCAUCGACAAAAUGCUACAUCUCAACCUCCCACCUCUCCGCAGCCGUCAUCCACUUCACCCACUUCCACGCCAUCCUCACCCACCUCCCCACCUACUUCUCCCAAAACAACUACACCAACCCAACCUCCCCAACCAACACCCCCUUCCAAUUCGCCCUCGGCACCAAAUCCAACUACUUCGACUACCUCUCCACCCAACCCUACUACCAAACAGCCUUUAACACCGUGAUGUCCUCUCCCUUCCGUCGUCCAUCCACCCCCUGGUUCUCUCUCCUUCCAAACACCCAUCCCAUUUUCACCCCCUCCCCCUCCCCGACCAAACCAGUUCUCCUGGUCGACAUCGGCGGCGGCUCCCAAGCCCUCGACCUCCAAUCCUUCCACAACUCCCAUCCCCACCUCCCGGGCCGUCUCAUCCUCCAAGACUUACCUCACGUUAUCUCCUCCCCCACUUCCCCCAACCCACUCCCGGGAUAUAUCGAACCCCAAGGGUACGAUUUCUUCACGCCCCAACCCAUCCGCGGAGCGAAAGCGUAUAUGCUCCGCACCGUACUACACGAUUGGCCCGAUAUUCAAGCGGAGAUUAUCCUGCGGAGAGUGAAGGACGCAAUGGACAAAGACUCGGUAUUGUUUAUCGUGGAGAAGGUCAUCCCCGAGACGGGGGUGGGAUUGCAUACUGCGGUGGGGGACUGGAGUAUGAUGGUGAGUUUUGCGGGGGGAGAAAGGACGGAAGGUGAGUG